AUGCUUCUAAAAUCUCUCACUGCUCUCAGCUUUGUAUCCGUGGCUGUGGCUCACGGGGGUCAUGACCAUGACCAAGAGCCAAUGUCUGGACCUCUGCAGUCCUUGUGGUACAAUACUCUCCCAGGUGACGGCGGCAAACAGGCGGACUCGGUGUUCUCUGGCAUCAGUACCUUUGGACGUCUCCCUUACCAGCCUUGCCUGGGACACUCAAGCAUCAAAUAUGAUAUUGCCUUCAUCGGCGCUCCUUUCGACACCGGUACCUCGUACAGACCUGGUGCUCGUUUUGGACCUUCUGGUAUUCGCCAGGGCUCUCGACGAUUGAAUCUUUACGGCGGCUACAACGUCCCUCUGGCUACGAACCCCUUCAACAGUUGGGCCACUGUUUUAGACUGUGGCGAUAUCCCGGUCACUUCCUACGAUAACACGUUCGCACUACAGCAGAUUGAAGAGGGCCAUUACAGUAUCCUGUCGCGUGCGCCUGUCACAGACGCCCACAAGAUCGGUCCAGCCAAGAAGGGCAGGACUCUGCCUCGAGUCAUCACCCUCGGUGGCGACCACACUAUAACACUUCCUCUUCUCAGAUCGAUCAACCGCGCCUACGGCCCCGUGACCGUCAUUCACUUUGAUAGUCAUUUGGAUACAUGGAAACCCAAGGUUUUCGGAGGUUCCCCAUCAGAAGCCGCGAGUAUCAACCACGGCACUUACUUCUACCACGCUGCCAUGGAAGGCCUCCUCGCCAACGACACCAACAUCCAUGCCGGAAUCAGAACCACACUCAGUGGCCCAAGCGACUACGAAAACGAUGGCUACUGUGGAUUUGAGAUCGUCGAAGCACGAGAAAUUGACACAAUUGGUGCCGACGGAAUCAUUAAGAAAAUUCUUAACCGUGUUCCCGCCGAUCGCCCUGUGUACUUGUCCAUCGACAUUGACACGCUUGAUCCGGCCUUUGCUCCCGCGACUGGUACUCCUGAAACCGGUGGCUGGUCGACUAGAGAGUUGAGGACAAUCAUUCGAGGGUUGGAGAGUCUGAAUCUCAUUGCUGCAGAUAUUGUAGAAGUUGCUCCUGCCUACGAUACUAAUGCUGAGCACACUACCAUGGCUGCUGCCGAUGUGCUCUAUGAAGUCAUGUCUAUCAUGGUCAAGAAGGGGCCUCUCAGCAACAUGGUUGAAGACAAGAAGGAAUCGGACCUGUGA